AAAGCUCAUGAGUGGCAAAUGAGGCGGCAGAGGAAUGACUUCAGCUUUAUAUAUAUUUAUAUAUAAUAGAAUCUAUUUGGCCUUUUGCCAGCAGAGGUUUAUGCUUGAGGAGCCUUAUCAAUAAAUGGAUUAUAAAAACAGCACAAUCACUUUCACUUUCCCUUAAGGUUUGAGAUUCUGAAGUUCCUAAAACGCCAGUGAGAAGGUGUGAGAAUAAUUGAUAAAUAGAGAAAAAGUCAAUCUGUGGAAGAAAGAUUUGGCUGUUUGUUGGGGAUUAUGGCAUCCACCAUGCACAGCAUUAAGAUUCCUUUCUUCAUUCUUUUGCUACUGUAUGAAAGAUCUCUUUCUGUCAGAUUUAAAGUCUCAUCAACACCAUCGGUAUCUGCGGCACUUGGGUCAGAUGUGCUGUUACCUUGUACUCUGACCCCUGAGAUGAACGCAGAGAUGAUGGAAAUCCGCUGGUUUAACUACAGAUUCCAAAUCUAUGUUCAUCGUUAUCAUAAUAAGAAAGACGAUUACACAGCCCAGAUGCCACAGUUUGCUAACAGAACAGAACUGCUAAAAGAGAACAUCACUAGGGGAAUUUUCCCUUUAAAGAUCCAUAAAGUCACAGCUCAGGAUUCUGGGGAAUAUCAUUGUUUUGUUGAGUCCAGUGAACAUCACGGCAAAGCAAUAGUACAGCUACUUGUUAUUGCUGUUGGAUCUCUCCCUAAUAUCUCCUCUGUUUAUUCUGAAAAUAAUCACACUGUGUAUUGUGAGUCCUGUGACUGGCACCCUAAGCCCUACCUGCUAUGGACAGAUAAUGAGGGAAACAAAAUAAUCCCAUUAAUGGAACACACGUUCAGAGAUGAAAAUAAUUUGUAUCACAUCAUCAGUGCAGUUAAUCAGCCGACUACUUCAUACAUCACUUGCACUGUGUCCAGUUCCCUAAAUCACAGCAAACAGAACUCCAGGCGGCUCAUUGAUGAAGGACAGAGGAACACAGCCACUCACUGUAUUCUAACCUGUCCCAGUGUCGCUGUAUCAUUGAUAUGUUUGUGUUGUAUCUACCUUCCAGCAAUGAAUCUAGGAAAAUACAUGAAGAGAUAAGUAAGUGCUAAAUGGUGCUGGCAUCAAAAUAAAUUGCAUUCUGUAACAUUUAUCCAUAUAACUGGUUGACCUGCCACACCUUCCAAGCAUUUAGCCUGCCGGCUGAAUGGCGGGAUACUGUACAAGAAGCCAUACACAUGGAUGCUACAUUGCUUGGUACUGUUUGUAUGGGCCAAUAGCUUGGACACUCAGAACUGCAGGGAGGGAAGAGGGGGUUACAGCCGGUGCUGGUGCAGACCCCAGUGGACAUAGUACAUCAGCAGAUCAAGUGUUCAGUUUUGAGAUCCAAGGAUUGGCUGUAAAAUCAUCAUUUGCAUGUAUGUAAAUCAGUUGACCCAUAUGCCCAAAUGGUCAGUCUUUAUGAUCAACAUUGGCCAAACUGCCCAACCAAAUCCAGGCACAUAUGGCCAGCUGUAGGAUGGGUAGUUGAUUCUCAUGUAGGGCCUCUUUGAGUUUAGUUAUUUAGCUAUAUGUGACAUUCCCACAUUAUUUCUGCAUUAGAAAGAUCCCAAUCUGGAUGGAUAAAUUGAAUGAAAUAUAAGUGUUACUUUUG